UCUUGAAGGGUGGUAUAAGGAAGACACAGACGACCUUCAUAUAACUCUUUCUUGCUGAUGCCUUCAGGCUUAUUUGUUUUCAAGAACCUUAUCCGUACGUAAAUUUCUACUAUUGAAGCUAGCUAGUGCAGUGAUCAAAAUGGAGGAAUAUCUUCCCCCAGGGUUCAGAUUCCAUCCCACAGAUGAGGAGCUCAUUACGUUUUAUCUAACGAGAAAGGUUUCAGAUGUCAGUUUCACUUCUAAAGCUAUUGUAGAUGUUGAUCUCAACAAGUGUGAACCUUGGGAUCUCCCAGGCAAGGCUUCCAUGGGAGAGAAAGAAUGGUAUUUCUUUAGCUUAAGAGAUCGAAAAUACCCAACAGGACUUCGAACCAAUCGAGCCACUGAAGCAGGGUACUGGAAGACCACAGGGAAGGACAAGGAGAUCUUUCGUGGGGCAGUGCUGGUGGGAAUGAAGAAAACCCUAGUCUUCUACAAAGGCAGAGCUCCAAGGGGUGAGAAAAGUAACUGGGUUAUGCAUGAAUACAGGCUUGAAAACAAACACCCCUUCAAGCGCACCAAGGAGGAAUGGGUAGUUUGUAGGGUAUUCCAGAAGAGCUCAGCAGCUAAAAAGCCACAGCAGACACAAUCAUCGCAGCAAUCUCUAGGGUCUCCAUGUGAUACAAAUUCUAUAGUCAAUGAGUUUGGAGAUAUCGAGUUGCCAAACCUAAACAACAAUGUGAAUUCAUCAAAUGAGUUCAACAAUAUCUCAACACAAAGUAAUUACAGCAACCAAGCCAACGUAGACAUGAAUAUUAAUGUCCAGAACUGGGCUAGCCCUUCACUUUCAUGGCCUUCAAGCUUGCUUAGCCCGAAUCUCGCAAUCAAUUCCUUGCUUCUCAAGGCAUUACAGCUGAGGAGCUAUCAACAAAGAGAAGCUGCUGCUGCUGCUGCUAAUGCUGCAAGUAGUAGUGAUCAUUACUCAUUUCUCACACAAGGGACUAGCAUUCCUCAGUUUGGGACAGAUUUAAAUUCAAAUGUCCAGGGUUCUUCUUCUUCUUCCAGGGUUUUAGAAACAGUGCAGCAACCAGUACAGCAGGAGCAACCAUUCAUUUUGGACUCCAUUUGGUGAAGCUGUGAAGUUGAAAACUAACAUCUUUUUCUGGUGACUCAUAUGGUAGAAGUAUUGGGGCGACCAACGUAGCUCUAAGCAUAUGCCACAAGAAAAAUAAAAUGGCUGGUGUAGUUAGGUGUAAAAAUUGAAAAACCUUCAAAACUGUCUUUGUGGUUAUGUGUCUUAAUUUCAAGUGUUAAAGUUGUAAGGCAAAGGUUAAACUCCUUAAUUGUUUAGUAAUUGUCAUCUUCGUGUACUUAAUUUCUUACAUAAAUUCAAUGUUCAGGGUGAAUA